AUGAAUUCGUCUCCGAUUGCAGGCAAAGUGGUAUGUAACGACUUCAAACUUGCCAGGCUAGGCCAGCUGAAACGGGCUUUGUCAACGUAUGUCCCCGUGGGUGAUCCUGCCGCGGAUAUCGUUAUUUUAAAGAGACAAGACGCUAGCAAUCUGGCAACUUGGGAUGAAAUUGAUGUCUAUGAUAAGGUAUUGGCCGACGUCCCAUGCUCGACAGAUCGACUGGCUGUGAAUCAGGAUGAUGGGAAUAUGUACUCUCCUCGGAUGACCAACGAGCGUUUGAACUUACCGCAACUGCAAACGAAGAUAUUGAUAAAUUCGCUGAGAGCGGUGAAGGUGGGAGGAUCCGUGGUGUACUCGACGUGCACGUUGUCUUCUAUUCAAAACGAAGGUGUGGUUGGGAACGCUGUCGCCAUAGCUGAACAAGAAUUCGGAGUUGUGGAGGAGUCGCUCGGGCAGUUGGUCAAUCAUCUCACUUCAUCUGGCCUGUACCGAUUUUCUGAUCAAUGCCGAAUGGGUGCUUUGAUACUGCCGUUCUUGCCAUCCAAUUUCGGUCCUAUGUAUCUGUGUAAAUUGACUAGACUUAAGUAA